GAAUUACCGGAGCGGAACUGCGAGUACUGCGAAGUCCAAUACUGGGACCAGCGCUACCAGGACGCUGCCGACUCUGACCCCUACGAGUGGUUCGGAGACUUCUCCUCCUUCCGUGCUCUUCUGGAGCCCGAGCUGCGGCCGGAGGACCGGAUCCUCGUGCUAGGCUGCGGGAACAGUGCUCUGAGCUACGAGCUAUUCCUCGGGGGCUUCCCUAAUGUGACCAGUGUGGACUACUCAUCAGUAGUGGUGGCUGCCAUGAGGGCUCGCUAUGCCCACGUGCCCGAGCUGCGCUGGGAGACUAUGGAUGUGCGGGCACUGGGCUUCUCCAGUGGCUCCUUUGAUGUGGUGCUUGAGAAGGGCAUGCUGGAUGCCUUACUGGCUGGGGAACAGGAUCCCUGGACUGUGUCCUCUGAAGGUGCCCACACCGUGGACCAGGUGCUGAGUGAGAUGGUGGAGUACAAACGGGCCACGCUUCGGGAUGAAGAUGCACCCGAGACCCCCAUAGAGAGCGGGGCUUCCCCGGACGCCUUAGAGGUGGGAUUCCGGAAAGGGACAAGACAUCUUUUAGGCUCACACACACAGCUGGAGCUGGUCUUGGCAGGUGUCUCUCUGUUGCUGGCUGCACUACUUCUGGGCUGCUUUGUGGCCCUGGGGGUCCAGUACCACGGAGACCCAUCCCACAGCAUCUGCCUCACAGAGGCCUGCAUUCGAGUAGCUGGGAAAAUCCUGGAGUCCUUAGACCGGGGAGUGAGCCCCUGUGAAGACUUUUACCAGUUCUCUUGUGGAGGUUGGAUUCAGAGGAACCCUCUGCCCGAUGGACGUUCUCGCUGGAACACCUUCAACAGCCUCUGGGACCAGAACCAGGCCAUACUGAAGCACUUGCUAGAAAACACUACCUUCAACUCCAGCAGUGAAGCUGAACGGAAGACACAGCGCUUCUACCUUUCCUGCCUGCGUGUGGACCGCAUUGAGGAGCUGGGAGCCCAGCCACUUCGAGACCUCAUUGACAAGAUUGGUGGUUGGAACAUUACAGGACCCUGGGACCAAGACAACUUCAUGGAAGUGCUGAAGGCAGUGGCAGGGACCUACAGAGCCACCCCCUUCUUUACUGUCUACAUCAGUGCUGACUCCAAGAGCUCCAACAGCAAUGUUAUCCAGGUGGACCAAUCUGGGCUCUUUCUGCCCUCUCGAGAUUACUAUCUAAACAAGACUGCCAAUGAGAAAGUGCUCACCGCCUAUCUGGAUUACAUGGAGGAGCUGGGGGUGCUGCUGGGUGGAUGGCCAGCCUCCACGCGGGAGCAGAUGCAGCAGGUGCUGGAGCUGGAGAUACAGUUGGCCAACAUCACCGUGCCCCAGGACCAGCGGCGUGAUGAGGAGAAGAUCUAUCACAAGAUGAGCAUUGCUGAGCUGCAGGUCCUGGCACCCUCCGUAGACUGGCUUGAGUUCUUGUCUUCCUUGCUGUCACCGCUGGAGCUGAGUGACUCUGAGCCUGUGGUGGUUUAUGGGAUGGAUUAUUUGCAGCAGGUGUCAGAGCUCAUCAACCGCACAGAGCCAAGCAUCCUGAACAAUUACCUGAUUUGGAACCUGGUGCAGAAGACAACCUCCAGCCUUGACCGGAGCUUUGAGUCUGCACAAGAGAAGCUGCUGGAGACGCUCUAUGGCACCAAGAAGUCCUGCAUGCCAAGAUGGCAGACCUGUAUCUCCAACACGGAUGACGCCCUGGGCUUUGCUCUGGGCUCCCUCUUCGUGAAGGCCACAUUCGACCGGCAAAGCAAGGAAAUUGCAGAGGGGAUGAUUAGUGAGAUCCGUUCAGCCUUUGAGAAAGCCCUGGGACAGCUGGUUUGGAUGGAUGAGAAGACCCGCCAGGCAGCCAAGGAGAAAGCAGAUGCCAUCUACGACAUGAUUGGCUUCCCAGACUUCAUCCUGGAACCCAAAGAGCUGGAUGAUAUUUAUGAUGGGUAUGAAGUCUCUGAAGAUUCCUUCUUCCAGAACAUGCUGAAUUUAUACAAUUUCUCUGCUAAGGUGAUGGCUGACCAGCUCCGCAAACCUCCCAGCCGGGACCAGUGGAGCAUGACCCCCCAGACAGUGAAUGCCUACUACCUUCCAACCAAGAAUGAGAUUGUCUUCCCUGCUGGCAUCCUACAGGCCCCGUUCUAUGCUCGCAACCACCCUAAGGCCCUGAACUUUGGUGGCAUCGGCGUGGUGAUGGGCCAUGAGUUGACACAUGCCUUUGAUGACCAAGGGCGUGAGUAUGACAAGGAAGGGAACCUGCGGCCCUGGUGGCAGAAUGAGUCCCUGGCGGCCUUCCGGAACCACACAGCCUGCAUGGAGGAGCAGUAUAGCCAGUACCAGGUCAACGGGGAGAGGCUCAACGGCCGCCAGACACUGGGGGAAAACAUCGCUGACAACGGGGGGCUUAAGGCUGCCUAUAAUGCUUACAAAACGUGGCUGAGAAAGCAUGGGGAGGAGCAGCAGCUGCCAGCCGUGGGGCUCACCAACCACCAGCUCUUCUUUGUGGGAUUUGCCCAGGUGUGGUGCUCAGUCCGCACACCAGAGAGCUCUCACGAGGGGCUGGUGACCGACCCCCACAGCCCUGCCCGCUUCCGUGUGCUGGGCACUCUCUCCAACUCCCGUGACUUCCUGCGGCACUUCGGCUGCCCUGUCGGCUCCCCCAUGAACCCAGGGCAGCUGUGUGAGGUGUGGUAGACCUGGGUGGGGGAGAAAUGGUCGGCUGUCCCCAGGAUCUGGGACAGCUGGCCCUGUGAGGCUGUUUGUUCUGGGACUAGGAGAAGGGAAAUGCAGGCUGGGCUGUGCCCAGCCCUUCCACACCACAAAUGACAUAUAAGUUCCAGUCCCUCCUCAACCACCACAUUGUGCCUCUGCUUUGGGGGUGCCCCUGUCUCCAGCAGAGCCCCCACCACUCACUGUGACAUUCUUCUGUGUCACCUUGUCUGGGUAUCCACAUGAAGGAGGCCUGGAGUGGGGUCUCACCAGCUUCCACAGGAAGGAGUCUGCCUCUUCUGGUGCCAGGCUCACUCGGUUUGGUGGCUGCAGGGCCUGCUGUGCCUGCCCACUCUAGCCAUGCAGAGCCUGGGUGGUGUGCCUCGAGACUUCUCCCCCAGGCUGACCCAAUGAUCACUUGGGAGUGGAUUCAGCUACCUAUAGCCCUUCCUGUAGCUCAGGGGCUGCCCCCUAUGCUCCUCAUGCUGCUGCUGCUCCCAACACUGCUGCCACCCCUCACUGAUAGACCAACUGUGCUUGGUUCUUAGUGGACGUCUAAGGGCCUUAAAAACCUUCCUCUGCCUCUCUGCUUCCCUGGGCUAAACGGGAACGUGUGUAGCAUAGGGCAUGCUGUCGCCUGUAUCUUAGGGCAAAAGUCUUAGGGGUGACUGAUUCUCCUUGGGCCAAGAAAGAAAGCAGAUAAAGCAGGGAGUGGAAGGACAGAGUUUAUUUUUACAGGGAAGAGGGUGGGGAGGGAAUGGUCUAGGCCCUGUAGGACCUUGUGCCAAUAAAUAGAUAUGCAUC